CUUAUUCGUGUUGCAUUCCCUGGGUUCCGUAUCCGCUCGAUAUUACCAAUCGCCGUCCCUCCAAAAUUGUCGCACAAAGUCGGCGCUCAGUCUGCAAAUCUCUCCACCCGCCAUGUUUCCCCUCUGCCUUUCUUCCACUCCCUCGUUUCUCAUCUAUCUUCCGCCCCAAAACUAUUUCCAAACCCGAACCCUAACUCCCUCUCCGCUCUCCUGCAACCUCCUUCGUAAUCAAUCGAUUAAUUAUACAAGAACCCUCACCUACUCCCCCAUCCACUCCUCCAGCGAGUCCUCCGCAUCGCCCCCGCUUCUCAUUGAGGAUAUCAUUGAAAGGGAUUGGUCCUUUCUCGACGUAGACGCCGUUAACUCCGACGAGGAGCGCCGGCGGAAGAUCCACCGGAACAUAUCAGCCGCCACAAUCCGAGAGGGAUCUCGCGUUCUGGUGUGCAUGGGGAGUGAGUGGUUUGUUGAUCGGUUGGUGGAGUCGGCGCCGAGCUGCGAGCUUCUUCUGAUCAUCCACGAGUCGCUUUUCGCGCUGGCGAUGAUCAAGGAAAAGUAUGACAAUGUGAGGUGUUGGCAAGGAGAUAUCACAGCCUUACCAGAGAGGUUUUCGCGGUUUGAUGCGAUGUUUGUGUGCUAUUUUCCUGGCAUGGGCGUGCCCUUGGAUCAGCUUCUCAGCUCGGUUGGCAGCCGUUGCUCUCCAGAUCACAGAUAAAUUAUGGGUUCUGUUUUAUUAUUAUUGUGAUAUAUCCAAUUUCAACCUAAAGGCACUGAGGCUUGCUGGAUGCCUGUGAAUGAAGUUUUGAGCAUACAAACAAGGAUUAGACUUGAUGUGCCAUUCAAUAGAGGCUAAUGUGAUUGAUAUUAAACAAAAGGGAUGGUUAGGGUAGAUGCGAGCUCACUUUGUGCCUGUUUAUCGAGGAAACAUUAGUCAAUUGAGAAAUAAUCCAAUGGAUGGUUUCACAAGGAAUUUAUAUUGUAAGUCUUAAUGCCCUCUACAAGGGUAUAACACUUCUGAGAUGAUAAGGCCUGCAAAAUAUUGCCCGGACAUUCUAGCAGAGAUCAACUCAUAACUUGUUUGUGUGCAUCCGUCCUCAAGAUUUGUUUUAGACUUUCAUCCGUCCUCAAUAUUUGUUUUAGACUUCCAUCAAGCCAUGUAUGUUUGAGGUUUGUUGCUUGUUGGUUCUUGUUUUAGUUUAGCUUUUAAAGUUUAUAUGUUGGUAGCUCAUGCUUAUGCGUACAAGUGUUGGUUGGUGUUAUGGGCCUCUUCUUGCCCUCUCUCUGUCAAUGCCCAGUGCCUUCCCCCGCAUGUUAAGGCACAUGGGACUUUAGGUUUAGUUUUCUCAUCAUACAAUUGAAAAUAAUGUUGGUUUAUAAAUAUUAAGUGUUUCGCUUU